UGGUCUUUCUGCGGCAAGCGCGAAGUAUUGACGACAGCGAAACUUGGCCGCACAAUAGUGACGUCAGAUUGGCGGUGUGGGGAAAAUGGCUACCUCUGCUUGGAUGCAUGGCACCGCCGCUAUGAGGCUCACAGAGGGUCUGGUGUCGGUUCUCAAGGAACGGCGUCCAGAGUAUCUGUCCGAGGUGUUGGCUAACUACAGGGAACAUGGCGUGUUUCCCACCCAGGGCGCGAGCGAUGUCGCGGGGCUCGUGGGCUUUAGCAAUGCUAAACUGAGCUCCAGCAAAACCAGGUUCGAGGGGCUGUGCCUGCUCUCCAUGCUGGUUAAAGACAGUUCCAGUGAUCUGUUCCAGCAGCACUGUCUGUCCUGGCUGCGCUCACUGCAGCAGGUCAUCCAGUCCCAGGGUCCAUGUCAGAGCAUCCAGCUGGCGGUCAGCAUCCUGCAGGACCUGCUGCAGUACUCAUGUCAGCUAGCAGAGCUGGCCAGGGAGGUCGGCCUCAACUCCAUCCUCGGCAUCUUGACGUCACUCCUGGGCCUGAAGACCGAGUGUGAGCUUGCAGCCAUGGAGGGGAUGAGAGCCUGUAUGGUCUACUACCCCAGAGCCUGCGGCUCCCUCAAGGACAAACUAGGAGCCUAUUUCCUCUCCAAAAUGGACAGCACAAGCAGAAAAACUCAAGAGAUGGCCUGUCAGGGCUACAGCCUGCUGCCCUGUCUAGGGGGUCUGGCCGACAGGUCAGUGGGUACCGGGAGAGCCGAAGGAUGGACCAAUCAGAUUCAGUGUCUGCUGGCCUCAGCCAAUGGCAUUCUGGCUCAGAUCUACCAAGGUUCUGAAACAGAUGAAGCAGUUCAGUAUCGGGGUCCGGGAGUGGAGCUGCCCUUUCCUCAUCUCGAUCAAACGGAUCCGCUGCUCCUUCUGCAGCUGCAGCACAGAUACACAGCUGUCUGCCUGGUGCUGAAACACACACUCCGAGCGGAUCCUGCCUCAGCCGUACAUCUGCCCGUCAGACCCGUCCUCAACCUGGUGUGCCGAGCGCUCGCUGUCAACUCCAGGAACACGAGUUUAACAGCAGAUGGAAGCCUGAGGUUGCUGGUUCUCCCCAGUAUUCACAUCAGCACUCUGGAGGUGCUGGCAGAGCUCAUCACAGUAGUGCGCAGCGGCAUGGUGCAGUACGCUGCUGUGUUACAGAAGCUGUUCUCUCAGAUGCUGUGUGCCUGGACAGCCGUACCUGAAGCUAACGUUGGUCAGCAGAGAGCUUACAGCUCAGUGCGGGUCUCUGUGUACAGAACCUUAGAUCUGUGGCUGCAGCUUGUUGGAGCUUCAGCUAACGUCCUCCAGGGAGCCUCCAGCCACGCAGAGCUGCUGUUCACCCACCUGCUGGCCGACAUCACGCCCGGAGCAGAAUCUAUCAAGCUGCGGGCGGGGCUGUCGGCUGAUGUGGUUCCUGGGGGGAAGCCCGGCCCUCGCAGGACGAAGCAGCUGGUCAUGGCCGACCCGGUAGGGGCGUCGCUCCAGAGGAAAGGGGACCCGGUCUCCAACCAGGACACCUGCCUGUCAGCCCUGAAAGUUCUCAGACGCAUCAUACAGACCAGUGGGACGCUUCUAAAGAAUGACAUACACAAACGCCUCCAUGAGGUGGUGCUGCCGCUGUGUGUGCGCCUCCAGCAGCAGCAGACUAGCAGCAUCACUGCAUGCGAGUCUAUAGGGGGCGCCAGUGGGCAGUACAGCAGCGCCCUGACCCGCCGUCAACUCUACAGGUUGCUGCUGGCCCUGGUUCUCGUCCCGUCUCCAUGCUGGCCUCCACCUCUGACCUGCGCCGUGUCCAUCUUCAGCAACGGCCGCCUGGACCGCAACCUCAAGGUUUCGUCUUUCUGUUCUGAGGCUCUGACCGUCUGUAACUCCCUCCUCCACCCCCGCGUUCCAUCCAUCGCCCUCCCGCUGCCCCCGCUUGCCCUGAAGCCCCCCCCCACUGCCUCUGUCCUGUCCGGCCCGGGCCCUGCCCCCAGGUUGACUCUGCCCACCCUGCUGGGCGGCCCCGCACCCGGGCCGCCCUUCCCCGGCCGUCACCCGCUCAGCCUGGGCCCCAACUCUCUGCUGGGCUCUCUGGAGAACCAUCUGUCCGAGACCUCCGGCCAGCCACAGCCGGACCCGGCCGGGCUGGGGCUCCCGGACGGCCAGAGGCCCGUGUUUGUCCGCUACGACAAAGAAGAGGCAGAAGAUGUGGAGAUCUCUCUGGCCAGCGACUCAGACGACAGCGUGGUUAUCGUCCCGCCAGGCAUGCUGGGAGCAGACAGCCAGCUGGACGAUCCGGCCCCUGGGUCCCAGAACCUGCUGUCUGCUGCAGCAGGGGCCGGUGUCUCCCUGCCAGGGGGAGACACUGUCGCCAUGGUUCCCAGCACAGCAGGCCCCCUGACCCCGGCUCUGCCCCACUCCUGCUGUCCUGUCCGGACCCGUGCACCGGCCAGAGAUGAAGAGGACAUGGAGGAUGAUGAAGAGCUGGAGGAGGAGGAGGAUGGUCUUGACGAGGAGGAGGAAGAGGAGGAAGGCAGUGAAGACUUUUAUGAGGGUGAGGACUACGAAGACUUUGAUGAUGAGGAGGCUGAAGAGCUGGAAGAGGAAGAGGAGGAUGAAGAUGGGGACAUGCCUCCUCUGGAGGGAUCAGAGGACAAGUCAGAGGAGGUGACCAUGGAGGAGGAGGAAGAGGAGGAGAAGGCCCUGGGAGCAGAAGAGGAAGAGGGGGAGGGGGUGGGGUUCAACCCGGAGGGGGGCAUAGAGGAGCUGCAGAGCAGCAGAGCUCUGUUUGGAGAGGAGAGGAUGAAGGUCCAGGAGGUGGAGAGCAUCGGAGUUCUGGAAGAGGCAAGGGGGGGUGACGGGGGAGACAGGGGAUACGGGGAGGACGACAGCGAGCGCAUGGACGACCCCAGCAUGCCUCAGAUCCUGUGUGUUACUGGAGGAGCGCUGGAGGAGAGGGCAGACAGCAGCCAGGAGGCUGCCCAGGCAGCAGGGGAGCUUCAGGACCAGCUCACACUGUGGGACCAGAACCACCAGCAGAACCCGCCCACCGGGGCCUCAGAGGAGGAGCCCACCGCUCACGGUCAGCAGGAGUCUGUGGCUGAACGUCAACAGGAAGCUGGCGUGCGAGAAGAGGUGGCGCUGGAGGCGGAGCUUCAGGAGGAGGACGAGCCGGUCGUUGUGCAAGAGGAAGCUGCAGCAGGAGCAUCGGGAGGCGAGGAGACCCCUGCUGCUCCUCAUGAUCCUCAACAGGAUCAGACCGACACACAGCAAGGAUAUGAAGCGCAAGCAGAAUGGACGAAACCCCAAGGAGAAAAAGAAGAAGAGAGUAAUAGUGAGGAAGAGAAAGGGAUGAAGCGGAAGAGAGAGGAGGAGGCCAUAGAGGGCGAAGGAGGACCAAGUCCUGAGAAGAAAAAGCAGGACGAUGAAGCCAUGGCCUCCAUGUUGGCAGAUUUUAUUGCCUGUCCACCUGAUGAUGAAGAUGUUGCCUCAGGAUCCACCCAAUCAUAAACACUCGCCCACCUGAACGGACUGAGUCGACCAUCAUGGACAUUUGCUCUGUUUUCAACACUGAGUGACCUCAGAACAGAAUUGAUUGUCUCCAGUCGUAGUUGAGCAACCAGGUACUGUCUGGGAUUCUGACGAUGGUGGAAAGUGUUGUGCUCUGUUGUGUUGGACAUGGAAACAUGGAGGCUUCCUGUUACCACCCUGGAACUGACCAGAGCUGUGUUUACAGAGUAAGAGGAACAACAGCAUUUUUCUGGGAGACAGUGAAGCCAAGAAAUGUUAGCCAGACCUCUGCUUCUCUCUACAGUCGUCAUCCUGCAGGAAAUGUCCACUCUUUCUGGUUUAUGUGUACUGUUUAGUGUUUUUGAAUUGUUUUCUCUCUGUAUUGUUUUCCUACAUUAAAGUAGUAAAUAUCU